UCCUCUUUCCCUCAGAUGCCCUCUGCUGCAGGUUUAUUAUUACAGUACGGGCCGCGCCGCCUCUCCCUGCGGCCCUGGCCAGCUGCCGGGCUGUGCAGCGCCCUGGCCGCCUUCACGCCUGGCGCGCCCCCAAACCGCCUCCUCCGCCUCCUUAUUUGUCUGAAAAGCAACCGCACGUCGAGGCGGAGAAGCCUGCCAGGGGCGGGAGAGGCUGGGCCGGGGUGUGUGCGCGCCGCGCUCCCGGGGCGGGGCCAGGGCAGCGCGCUGAUCUGCCGGCCCCUUUGUCCCCCGGGCCCGGGCGGGCGCAGUGGGGGCGGCGCGCGGGGCACCCGGGGUGCCGGGGACCGGGGCGCGCGCGCGUUGGCUGCUCGCCGACCGGGCCCGGAGUCGCCGAUUCCUGCCGAGUGUAGAGAGGAGAGAGUGAACAGGGAGCGGGGCUUUUGUCUGUUGCUUGGUCUCCCUGGACUGAAGAGAGGGAGGGUACAAGGCCAAGACUGUUAAGGAUUCUCAAAAUGAAGUGAAGAUUUAUUUCAUUCGAACAACAGAAGCCCUUCUGUUCUUUAAGAAGAGUGAUGCGUUGUGACAUGCACAGCAGAGGUGGCAGCCGUAGGGCUCAAACAAAGCAAUGGGUCUUCUAUUAGAGACAGCCAAGAACUUAUCCCCAAAGUAGGAGUCUGUGUGGAACUAAUCUAACAGCUAUAGGAUCUGUUAUCCUUAAAAGCAAUAUAUACAUAGAGCAUGGACUUGUAUUUUGUUUCACACUGUCUAUUGUAUCUCCAGUAUAAUUAGUGUUUUGUUGUUGCUGUUGAUUUAUACCUUCAUUUAUGAGAGACAUCUGUUCAGUUUUAGAAGAUAAGCAUGUUAUCCUCUAAAUGAAAGUGGUACUGUUUCUGACAAGCAUUAUGAUCCACAGAGGAGGCAGUUUAGUGUUUGAUGACUGAUUAAAGAAGUAGAUGAGAUGCACAUUAAAAACAGUUGAAUAAGUAUAUUUAUCCUCUAUGAAAAAUUUCCUCUAUGGAAAUAAAGUUGAACUGAAAAAAAAAUAAAGAAAUGUCAUGAAAAUGUUCAGUUAGGUACAACAUGUCCUACUGCAGUUGUUUAUGCUCUUUCAAACACCUCUCUGCCACUUUAGAGUGUGUGAUUUCCAAAUUUAGUUUUCACUUUUUUCUUUUAAACGAGGGUGGAAUUUAAUGAAUCAAAAUCGAAUCUGAUAUACUUGAUGUUUUCUUUGAGAACAAUCCAAGUAUAAGCUUCCAGGGAGAAAAAUGAAUCAGAACAAAUUAAAUGAGUUCAGUCUGAAUUCUGUUAAGAAGGAAGCUCUUUAUUUUUUGUGUUUCCCUCACCUGUCAUUUCAGCAGGUGUGUAUCAAAGCACCAAAUAAAAUAGAUCUUGCUUGGUCUUAGGUUGAUAACAACCAAGUUAAAGAAAUUAAGGUAGAAGGCAAGAGGGAUGAACAGAAAAUUAAACUAAUCAAUGGGUUUCGUGCAGAUGGUUCCUAACUUUACACUAAAUUCCUAAUUAGCCAUUGUCAUAUAGAGUUCUAGGAUGGUAAUAAAAUAAAGUGCUGCAAAGUAUUUUUGUUUAUUUAAUUAUCUUUUACUGUGAAUGGCCACAACACCUGUCUUCUAGCUCUUUAUCCCAGAACCUUACCCUCUGUGUCACCAUAGAUAGACCAUGAACAUUCAUGUUUGUUGUAAUAUGUCAGGUGGCCAGUUUGGUUAAACAUCAAUUUGAUCACUGACUCUGCCAAAACUAGCCAUAUAGAUCAGGCUCAACGAAUAAAUAUCCUGUUUGCGUAGUAGUGAGCGGAGUGAGCUUUGUGGAAGGCAAGUAUGUGUGCCAAAGCCAAGAAUGAAAGUUGGAACGAUUUGAAUGCAGAAGAACAAAUUCGAAUCAUUGUUACAUGUUGUUAAUUUCUUACACUUGUCGUUUAUGUAUGGUGGCAAAAUGAGAAAUCACCAUUUGUUGCUCUUGGAAGGAUUCUUACUCAUGGAAAAAAUUCUCACAACUUUUUGGUGAUCCUUUCAUCAAGAUGUCAGUCCCUUUUGGCACAAGCCCAUUGCCUGAAAUGAAACCACCGACAGUUAUUGUCUGUGGGUGAUUCCAAGUAACUUUCUAGCAAUUCUCUUAUUCUGGGAGGUCUGAGCUCUUCAAAGUCUCUUCACAUGUUAGUGUUAAAAAAAAAAAAAAAGUUUCACUUUUUUUUUUUAACUGCUAUUAGAGGUAUCUUACAUCUCCUUUCCUCCUUUUUGGCAGCAAGUUCCAGUUUUAAUCAAGGAAAGAAGAAAUUAUUUUCUUUCCUUGAUUAAAACUGGAAUUGCUUUGCUGAUCUCUGCAACUGGCUUACUUAGACUUAGCCCAUGUACACUCAAAACUAGUGCUAGAGAAGCAGUAGUCUUAACACCUGGCCACCUCCUGCAAAUAUAUAAAAGUGUUUUUUCUGUUAAACAUAUAUUUCCAUUUACAUAAUUUAAAACACUGAAGAGAUUCUAAUUUAACUCUCUUUGACCUGUUUAGUGAAGGGCUUAUUCCAAAUACAAAUUUAUAAUCAGCUCAUUUCAGUAUUAAGAAAUUAACUAGUAGAUUCCAGUAUUCAAAACAGUGUGAUUCAAUAUUUAGACAUUUGACAUACCCUAAAAUGAUGUUACACAACGAUAAAUUUGAAGACACUAAAGUAUCCUAAUGUGCCUUGCCUUUUGCUUUAUCAAAUAAGUACAGCUGCUUUGUUAACUCUAUGAGGUACUAAUCACAUUGUAUUCUGUGUAUGGGAUCCUUUGGGCACAACUCCAGGGGGCACCAUUUACAUAGAUUACAAUGCUUCUGGAGUUGUGCAUAUCAGGAGUACUAUGAAAAGUUUUAAUGCUGAGAGUGGUUUGCCUUCUUUUAGUUUUCCAGAAUGUUCUUUUUAAUAACUUAUUCCUCAGCUUUUAAAAUGUUCUGGUAAACAUAGCUUUUUCCAGCCACUCCCCCUCCUUUUUUUUUUUUGUAAUUAACAAAAUACUGUUAAUCUGCAGAAAUCUUUAGCAUUUCUUCGUAUUUGGCUUUUUGUUAAAUUUUAAUUUCUAUGACUGUAUUUUUAUGUGGGUCCUUGGUGUUUACGUAGCUGUUUUGUUUUAAAGGUACUUGCUUCACAUACAUCAAUGAGAAGAAAAUCCUUCAGAAUGAGCUGAUGAUUUUACUGAAUAUUUGAAAAAAUAAAUUAUCUAAUUCAAUGUCAA